UUUGUGAAGUAUUGAUUCACACCGGCAGGGGGCAAUUCAAACGCUCCUCGCAGCACGCUGCGCCUUUUAUUUGUAGUAUUGUUGGGAAAACAUCGAGAGAAUCGAAAAUAACGGCAGCUUGAAGGGAUCCGACAGGUUCACUUUGCAGGAGACUGAUCAAUGCACAAAGUUGUGUUGUGAUAGCUCCAGACAUUACAUCGCCCACCGACACUUCCAAAGAACUGAACGCCGGCAGAGUUUGCAGAUAAGACCCAUCAAGUGGGAAGAUUUUGCAAAAAGGGCUGAAUUUUAGUCUGGUUGAGGCGGCUGUACAUCUGUCGACACUGCGUCGUUGUGCAGUUUAAUUUUCGGUUUAUAAGGAGAGGAGGGGGUGUGAAAUGUCCGCCUCUCUCGCUGUUCCGUUUCUAGUGCAAUUCUUUAUUUUAGGAUUGACAACGACUGACAACAUCCAGGGGCACCAUGACCUGACAACAGGUGCCAGCGGAGAGGGGCACAACUGGCAAGAGGUGGCAGAGCUCAGUACCCUCCAGCUGGGAAGGACAGCAAUUCAGCGGGUGCCUGGGACUGACCACUGGCUUGGAGAUCACCCGGAGGUCACAGCCAGCUCGGAUCCGGACAACCCAAACGAAGUGAGCUUUCCAAAACAGGCCGAGCGAAGGGCAAGGCGGGGGGCAGAGCGGAAGGGCAGUGUUGCCCCAGAAGAGGCGACUGCCGUGUCUCGCCCUCAGGGCAGCUCGGUGGAAUCUCCCCAGUUCGAACCAACCCCGUUCCAACUAACUUCCACGAUCCCUUCGCUCAAAGAUGAGCGGGUGCGGGUGUCGGGGGGAGAAGGGACGUCUGGAGUUCUCGGCGAGGAGGUGAACGGAGUGGAAACGACAGCGAGGAGACUUCAGUUGGAGAAUACCCUGUACCCUGUCACCGACAACACUUACAGCGCGUAUGCGGUCAUGUUUCUAUCCUUCAUCCUCUUCGCGGUUGGGAUCAUUGGAAACCUGGCCGUGAUGUGCAUCGUCUGCCACAAUUAUUAUAUGAAGACCGCCUGGAAUAAUAUUCUGGCCGGCAUGGCGUGUUGGGACUUUUUUGUCAUAUUCUUCUGUCUGCCGGUGGUUAUCUUUAACGAGAUCACAAAGAAAAGGCUGCUCGGGGACAUUGGCUGUAAAGUGGUGCCCUAUCUGGAGGUCUCUUCUCUUGGAGUCACUACCUUUAGCCUAUGUGCAUUAAGCAUCGACAAGUUUCGUUCUGCAACAAGCACACAGUCACAAAUUAGGCUGAUAGAAAGUUGUCUGUCUAUUGUGGCCAAGAUGGCAGUCAUUUGGAUAGGAUCCAUGUUGCUGGCCCUCCCUGAAGUCCUUCUCUGGCAACUGAAUCAAAAGACUUCCGUUGUCUCUGGGGUUAUAACUGACUAUUGCAUCAUCAAAACAUCUUUGAAUCUCCCUGAGCAUAUCUAUGAACUUGCACUGACCUAUGAGAAUUCCAGGAUGUGGUGGUACUUUGGUUGCUACUUUUGCUUGCCCGCCAUUUUCACAGCGACUUGCCAGUUGGUGUUGAGACGAAUAAGAAACACAGAGAGGAAAUCUGACCUCAAGAUUAUUUCUCAGCAUGCUCAGUAUGAAAAUCAAAAGAACAAUACCUUGAUUGGUCUGACUAUCCUCUAUGGCUUCUGCAUUAUCCCGGAAAAUGUUUCCAACAUGGUGGUGACCUACACCUCUCCUGAAAUCUCCAAGGAGACUAUUGAUUUGCUCAACAUUAUUAAUCAGUUCUUCCUGUUCUUCAAGUCCUCUGUAACUCCUGUGUUGCUUCUGUGCCUUUGUAAGCCUUUAGGCAGAGCCUUCAUGGAUUGCUGUUGCUGCUGCUGUGAUGAAUGUGUUCCAGAGACCUCAGAAAUUGAUGUUCACAACAGCAAGCUAAAGACAGAAAUGGCAACUAUUUUCUGUGAUAAUUCCAAGGAAACACCAACAAUGAUGACCCUGGGUACUCAGUGUUAGUUACAAUCCUUCACAUUCAGCCUGCAUUGUGAAGGUUGAAUGGUGAAGCAUGGUCAUUUUCAAAAACACAGUUAACUCUUUGACGUAGUGGUGUUCUUUUUACUGCCUGAAAUGAGCUAGUAAAAUAAGGUGAAGUCUAGUUAGCUCUGCUAAGUUUCUGAUGUGUGACUUACUAAUAUUUCCUUUGAGUUUAAGCUUUAUUUUAGACAGUUAAACCAUAAAAAGCAAAUUUUAAAUGAAAUACAGUCAAAAAGUAUUUUAAAAAAUAACUUGUUGCAGAAAAUAUUCGGAAUUCGUCCAUAUAGUAUAAAAUUCCCCAUAGUCAAUCCCUAGACGAUCAGUACCUAACAUUCGAACUAAAACUUUUCAUUUAAAGACUGGAAGAUUGUUUUCCAGCUUUACUUGUGAUGCAUUGCUGUCAUGUUGAGAAUGACCAUCAGUUGAAUAUACAGUUCCUAUUAUUAUCAAGGUUAACAAGACUGCAGUGAAUGAAGUAAUCUUUAACAUUCUCCUAAUUCCAAGAUCUGCACUUUUAUAGUGUUUUGAACCCCUUACAGUGUCAGAAAGUUUUACUUCGACACACAAUUCCAGAUUUAAUAAAUAAAUAGAAUAAUAGCUGUUUUUAUAUUCACAAUCUUGUAUGUUGUUGGGGAAACCAGCUGCUGUGCAAUUUCACAACAGGGAAAUAAUUUGUUAGCUUUAUAGUAUUGGCCUAGUACAAUGUCAAAUAAAAAUAUGAACUGGUUUCCUUGG